CUUGAACCCUGGGAUAGAUAAGCUUUGAGCGCAAAAACAUCUGUUUGUGCGAUCGCGUGGCAGCUGGGCAGCGGAGUCGCACUUCGAGCAAAUUCAUUCUUUUUUUGAAUGAAAAUGAUUAAGUUUCACUAUUAUUUCACUGAUAGGGACUUGGGGGGUCACUAUUUACUAUAUAUGUGCCAGUAUUCUGGACUUGUCCAUAAGUUUUUACCGCGAAAACUAAUUUCACUUCUUCCACUUUUUCAGCUGCGUAUUGUUAGACACGAACCAUUUCUUCUAUACCUCUAAGAAGAGGAAGAAUUCAAGAAACUAAGCAUCAAGUUAAACCCGAAGAAAACCGAAGUUUCAUGCUUCUUCGAAGCUUUUAAACGAAAACGGCAAAAAAUAUUACACGUACCAACUCAAAAGCAGUAAAGGGCUGCAAGUGGUACUAAAAGGCAUUGAGCCUGAUGUCACACCCAAUGAAGUUGCAAAUUCACUUCACGAAAAGGGCUUUAACGUUAAAUCAGUUAUAAAAAGCCCCAACCGCUCUUCAAGGUCGAGCAAUCUACAAUUCUUAUUACACCUUAAAAUUACUGUAGAAGAACCACAAAGGCGUAAUGGUCCAACUGCCAAGAAUAUGGCCGCAGCAAGACAUAUUGUACCCUUCCUUCCGUUUGCGUCGCCUUGCCCGGUUAAUAAAAUUCAAAUAAAAUUUGGUAAUUAUGGUGAAAACCACACAUCUAAUUACCGGGAAAUGUCUACAAAGAUCUUAAAAGUCGCAUGAACGUGAAUAAUUACACGCGCCUCCAACGUAACUAUUCACCUGCCCAGAUGCCAAGACCCAGGGACAAGAUGCCCCACUUGUAAUCACGUUGGACUCAGGGGCGGCUGUUAAUUGAAUAGGUAGCAGGUUGGCUUAGCACUUCUUAAAAGAAAACAUUCCAUUUAAAAAAAUUGCACCAAAAGUAAGCACUGCCAAUGGUAACUGACAAGAAAAUGUGAGAAAAGUUUGUCCAACAGUUCUCUACGACCAAAGGACGGAAGAUAUAGAAAUAUACAUUGUGGCCACAUUAAAGCAGGAUCCUAAUAUGGUAGCAAUUGAACAUGAGUUGUUCGGAGUUGACACAAAUCAGGUAUUUGGCAAAAAACAUAAUAUCCCAUUUAAUAGAUGCAGGACAAGCCAAAGUUAAACAGACGCUUUACCUGCAAUGAAGAAUGAUUAAGUUAGGAGUAAUAGAAGAAUCUGAUAGUUCGUGGUCAUCACCCUUAGUUUACACCCUCGUUUAUAUUUGGAUAGCCGAAAAAUGAACGCAUUCACACAAAAGGAUGCUUAUCCACUUUCCCAAAUCAGCGGCAUUUUGGAGAAAGCGGAAUUCAUAACCAGUCUAGAUUUAAAGAAUGCAUAUUGGCAGGUUCCCUUUUAUGUAGAUUCGAGGGACAAAACAGCUUUUAUAGGACCAGGAAGCCCGCUGUACCAUUUUAAAGUCAUGCCUUUCGGGUUAUGUAAUGUCUAGACUAAUCGACAAAGUUAUCCCGCCCCAGUUGCGGAAUAAAGUGUUUGUCUAUUUAGAUGACUUGCUUAUCGUGUCAGACACGUUAAAUAAGCAUUUGGAGGUACUAUACGAAGUGGCAUUGCACAUUAAGCCAGUUGGACUAUCGAUCUAAAUUGGGAAAAGCAAGUUUUGUUCCAAAAGAGUAAUAUAUCUAGGGCAUAUAGUGGGAGAUGGAGGAAUUCGUAUGGAUCCGGAGAAAAUCGAUGCAAUAACUGAGUUUAACGUGCCUAAAUCCCUUAAGGCUGUAAGGAGUUUUUUAGUUCUAUGUGGCUGGUAUCGGAAGUUCAUUGGCAAUUUCACGGCAGUGACAGCUCCGCUCACAGAUUUGCUAAGCACGGGAGGGAAGUUUUUGUUCAACAGAAGCUCUAAAAGAUUUUGAUGAUUUAAAACAAAAAUUUUGUGAAGCUCCAGUUCUCAAAAUCGCAGACAUUUUGUAUACACUGCGAUGCCAGCAAGGCUGGUUUGGAGAGGUCUUAGUUUAGCUGUCUGAGGAACCAAAGAGUUCGUUGCGGAGAUUCACAGAAAGGGACAUGAUGACUCUCUUUCUGCUCUUAGAGGAAUUAAUGAAACUAUCGAGCGGAUUCGUCAAUAUUAUUUUUGGCCAGGACUUGAACCGCAUAUCAAGAAGUACCUCUCGUGGAACUUGCAUGACUACCACAGACUUCCGCCAAACAGAAUCAGAACGAAUUUUCUAGAAUUUAUAUAUAGAUUUUCUUGCGACUUAUCGUGGAUCAGGCAAUGGUAACAUUGGCAUAUUUAUAGAUUUUGACCAUAUAACCAAGUCAACCGGUAAAAAAAAAACGCUGAUGUUUUCGUGAAGUAUUCAGAGACAGAGUUGUUCCAUGUGUUUGGCGUAUCAUAAUAUCGGAUAAUAGCUUGUAGUUCCCGUCAGGGGUUGUUCAAAAUCUUUUGGAUAAACACACGGUGACACACUCAUUUACUGCAGUUCAUGCACUUCAAGGGAAUAGUUGCUGCAAUCCGCUAGUAUAUAAAAGGAGACCAAAAGGUUAGAUCUUCAUAUAUGUUGUGCGCUGAGGUCAUCGGUGCAUUCCGCAGUAGGGACAAGCCCUACCACGACAAGGACAUACGGCAAUAGCUGGCUUCUCGCGGUACCAGUACUGGUUCUCUUGCGUUCCCCAAAGAUAUUAAGAAAUGUAGUGUCAAGUUAGUGGCUUUCAAGCCGCCAUGCCAGUAGGUAUCGCAAGGGGAUCAACCACCUGGUGGUACGCGCCGUGCUGGCUAAUCGUAGUUGGGCUGGAGCUGGAAACUCUAAAAAUUUCCACAUCUCCGGACCGGACUAAGGUGUCAUUCGACCCGUGCCGAGAGUCUGCCAGGCUGGGGACCCGGGAAGCAACUAGACCAAUCGCUUACGGAGAGUCCGGGCAAGUGGCAUCCGCCUGGUCUGGCUAGCCUUACCCGGGUACUCCAGAUCUCUGCCCGGGUGGACCGCUUAUUUCUCUGCAACUCGUGGGAACCAUAAAAAAAAUAGACCCACAUUUUAAAAUACCGCAGACCUUGACUGCGGGAUAUGUCGCAAGACAGUUUGAGGACCGUCUCCUUGACGGGGCGGCCUACUUCAGUGGUAACACCAAAAAAUUUUCCUAAUCGGAGUGUGCCAAGAAUCGGGCAGCCACACCGAGUCACUCGACUAUGGUCCAAGCCGGCCAAGCGGAACGGUCUAAAAACCCAUUACCGCAACUUGGUCGGGAUGGGGCCCGGGAUGACCCUAACCGUAAGGGGCUGAGCGGGGCCAGAGCGAAGUAGUAUCUUCUUUACCUUCAGCAAGGCAAGCCACCUGCUUAAGCUUUGUCUCUGGUUAAGACACCGCAGCCGCUAGAGCAAAGGCCCAACUCUGCUUCGAAGCGGGCAAACUCCACCCUGUCGCCUCCGACGGAAACGCCUAAGAGGCAGAAGGUGGAGAAGAGCAGGCUCCCUUCGACGGCCCAAGUACCUUAAGGGCUGCAAAAGCCACUGAGGUACGCAAGCCAUCAUAUGCGGCCGUAACUGGGGCCAUUAAAGUUGCGGUCGUACCAGAGGGGUACCCCAAAGUCGUCCUUAGCAGUGAGAACCUCUCACAGCUCGAGGACGCACUACUGGAGGAAAUAGUCCUGUCCGGUUGGGAUUCUCCAAUCAAGUUUGGAGGAAUCCACUUCAGGGUGGGUCACCUGAUAGUGGACUGCCGCAAAGCAACCACUGCUGAGUGGCUGCAAUUAGCAGUCCCCAGCCUCAGUAAGUGGAGCGGUGUCUCCCUGGAGGUAAAGAUGGGCAACGACUUGCCAUCGUCACACAACAUAACCAUCUUCUGCCCCAGGACCGGGGGAAAAACAACAAAGUGGAUCAUGGAAUUGAUAAAGAAACAGAAUGACCUUGACACUGAGAACUGGCGUCUCAUAUCAAGGAAGAAUGAGGGUGGUGGCUCGCUCCUCAGCCUUGGCAUUGAUGACAACUCAUGCGCCAAGAUUAUUUUUAGUGACCAUAAGCUGAGCUUCAGGUUUAGAGACAUCUCAGUUUGUGGUUUAAUGAAGGCCAAAGUGAUCAAAUCCGGCACAAGACAGGUCGAGACUCCUCGAAAUCCACCAGUCUCCGCGGAGAAGGAGAAGCCCAAUAAGCUCUCCGAAUCCAACGAGGAUCUGGUGGAGGAUGAGGAUCUCGAUGCGACCGUCAUCGAGAUGGGGGAACAGAUCCUCUCAGAAGCUAGGCAUGGAACUAGACCUGUUGAGUGAGGAAGAAGCUGUAGCGGCGGAUGAUGAUCUGAGCAUCUCCAGACCAGUAACGCCGAUGAUGGAGCCGAUCAUCUAAUGGUCGGGAGUACAGGAAUAGCUCAGGUGAACAUCCAUCGCGGCAAGGCGGCCUCGGUUGUGCUGGCAAGGAUGUUCACCAAACAACAUCUUGGGCUAACCCUGGUUCAGGAACCCUGGUAUAACCAGGGAAUAAAAGGACUGUACGUGAAGAACAAGAAUUUCUCACCCGGGACUGUGUACCGAUCGUGGUAAAAGAUGUGGGAGCAGCCAAGAAGACUGUGGUGGCAUCGCACACUUUGUCGGUGACUAGGCGUGCCCACCGCCCGAAAUACUGCACUGGUUAAACACUGUAAGAAGAUGCACUUACCCAUCAUCAUUGGAUGUGAUGCAAAUGCACAGCACGUGAUAUGGGGCAGCAGCGACGUAAAUCAAGGAGGUGGGUCACUCUUAGAAUUUAUCUUGAAUAACAAUCAAGAAAUCCUAAAUGUCGGCAAUGUUCCGACAUUUGUUACCAGGGUAAGAUCUGAGGUACUGGACAUUACACUUUCCAGCAGAUCAGUAGCUUCGCAUAUAUGCGACUGGCACGUAUCUCCUGAGGAGUCAGUGUCAGAUC